AUGGCCAAGGAGUUGACAGUGUCGUCUAAUGCAGGUCAGGACGAGUCUGACAGACUUCUGGUGUAUGUACGCGAUGAAACAUUUGACGAACUACAACAAUGGUCACAAUUUCCGGAGGAUCUACAAGUGGGUCCAUAUAUGUUAACUGGCGAAUUAUCGAAACGUGUUGUGGGACCAGCUAUAUGGCUUCAGAACAAGGAAAUUGAUUCCAUGAUGUACCUGUUUCGGGAGAUGACAUCUUUGAAGCGAUGGAAUGUUGAGAAAGUUGGCUUCAUGAGCUACAAUUUCAGUGUCCAAAUAAAGUCUGAAUACGCAGUCUUUAGGUCCAACAGGAAGCAGUAUCAAUUGAAUGAUAUUCUCAUGGCUUCUGGCAAAGGUGAGCUGCCUUCUCACGGGAGAACAGAUUUGGUUUGGGACACAGACGUUGGUUGCAUCUACGUCCCGGUUUCUGUAAGUGGAAAUCAUUGGAUCUCGCUUUGUAUCAAUUUUGUGGACCGCACAGUGGAAGUCUUUGAUUGUGCAGGUAUGAAAAAAUACAGAGAGGUGGAAGCAUUCUCAGUUAUGGUGCCAUGCAUUGUGAAGGAAAUUCAGACAAUCUCGAAGAAGAAACAACUUACCGUUGCACCAUACACAAUCAGGCUCUCUUUGGUGGACGAUGAUAACAUUGACGAGGCGCGGUACAAAGUGGCUACUGAUCUAUUGAAGGCAGCUAAGGAUGAGGUUUUGAUCGAGAGAAUGUCGAAGUACGUAGCUCCUGAGUUUACACCAUCGGAGGUUCUAGACAUUUAUGGGUUUUGA